GUGCCUGGCAGACAUCCUAGGACUUUAAAAACGAAAGAGACCUGCUUUCAGGGGAUAAUGCUAAGAGACACUAUGAAAUCUUGGAAUGACAGCCAGUCAGACCUCUGUAGCAGUGACCAAGAAGAGGAAGAGGAAAUGAUUUUUGGUGAAAAUGAAGAUGAUUUGGAAGAGAUGAUGGAUUUAAGUGACCUGCCUACCUCACUUUUUGCUUGCAGUGUCCAUGAAGCAGUAUUUGAAGUGCAAGAGCAGAAGGAGCGAUUUGAAGCACUUUUCACCAUCUAUGAUGACCAGGUUACAUUUCAGUUGUUUAAAAGCUUUAGAAGAGUUCGAAUAAAUUUCAGCAAACCUGAAGCUGCAGCAAGAGCUCGUAUAGAACUCCACGAAACAGAGUUCAAUGGAAAGAAGCUAAAGCUGUAUUUUGCACAGGUCCAGAUGUCCAGUGAGACACGGGACAAGUCAUACUUACUGCCACCACAGCCCACCAAGCAGUUCCUCAUCUCCCCCCCAGCCUCCCCGCCAGUGGGGUGGAAGCAGAGUGAAGAUGCGAUGCCUGUGAUCAAUUACGACUUACUUUGUGCCGUUUCCAAAUUGGGACCAGGAGAGAAAUACGAACUUCAUGCAGGAACAGAGUCAACACCAAGUGUGGUGGUUCAUGUGUGUGAAAGUGAAACUGAAGAAGAAGAAGAAAUAAAAAACCCGAAACAGAAAAUCACCCAGACAAGGCGCCCCGACCCUCCCAUCACAGCACUGAACGAGCCCCGGACCUCUGACUGUGCUCUGUGAGGCCUUUGAUGGUGGUGCCGGCAGGUGCCAUGGGCUUUGGCAGUGGAGACCUGUGCC